GAUUUUUUUUUAUGCGUGUUUAAAUUUACUCUACAGAUGGUUAAUUGACGAGACGGUUGUGAUCGCGGUUGUCCUCAGGUGUUAGGAUCUGAGGGUUGUUUGUUUUUUUCUUUUUUUUUUUAAAUUUGGGGACAAGAAAAAGGGGGCUUUGGAGAAGAAAUUAAGUGAACAAGGAAAAUGAGUGCGUCGAGGUUUAUCAAGUGCGUCACGGUUGGUGACGGAGCUGUGGGUAAAACUUGUUUGCUGAUUUCUUACACCAGCAACACCUUCCCUACGGAUUAUGUGCCAACUGUUUUUGAUAAUUUCAGUGCAAAUGUGGUCGUCAAUGGGAGCACUGUUAAUCUUGGUUUAUGGGAUACUGCCGGGCAGGAAGAUUAUAACAGAUUGAGACCUUUGAGUUACCGUGGGGCAGAUGUUUUCAUACUCGCAUUCUCUCUCAUUAGCAAGGCAAGUUAUGAGAAUGUUUCCAAGAAGUGGAUUCCAGAGUUGAAGCAUUAUGCACCUGGUGUGCCAAUAAUUCUCGUUGGAACAAAGCUUGAUCUUCGGGAUGAUAAGCAGUUCUUUAUAGAUCAUCCAGGUGCUGUGCCCAUCAGUACAGCUCAGGGGGAGGAACUGAGGAAGCUUAUUGGAGCACCUGCUUACAUUGAAUGCAGUUCAAAAACACAGCAGAAUGUGAAGGCAGUUUUUGAUGCGGCCAUCAGAGUUGUCCUUCAACCACCCAAGCAAAAGAAAAAGAAGAACAAAGCACAAAAGGCCUGCUCUAUUUUGUGAUUCAAAUCGGUGUAAAGACCCUCCGUCUUGCUCAUCUUUUCCCUCUUCUUUCUUCUUUUGCUCUUGAAGAAAACCGGAGGCCUUGAAAUAUUUUGUCUCAAAUUGGCGAUUGUGAGAAGCAUCAGGUGGUGUAGUGUUGCUUUCUUCAUAUUGUUGUGACUUCUAAUUGUUGAAAACACCUUACAUGGUUCUUGACUCCCAGUUUCAAUAUGCUUUAUGUAUUAAUGGAUCAAAACUUCCCACUUAGAAAAAAAACCACCUUGCAUGAACGUACUUAUUAACUCUGUAUUGUUUUUAAAGGCUUGUCCAUGUUUUCUGUAUCAUGUUUCAUGAUUCUUUAA